AUGACUACAGCCCGGUCCUUGAGCUCGGAGGAGCUACUUCAAUUCUUAUCCGACAUAGAACUAAACAUCAACGACCAAGAUACAGAUUUCCAGAAACUCGCAUUUUACCUCCUACAAUUCCUCCAUGCCAGGCUCAUGGAGCUAAGAUCCUCUGAUCGUAAAGAGGACUCAGAAAUAGUCUUGAAAUUGAUAGACUCGAUUGAUCUUGUGCUAUCAAAGAAAUUGUACUUGCUCAAUGCGCCGCUUGGAUUUCACGACUUCAAGGCGAUUCACGUCCCUACAAUUGGCGGCGGCACCACCACCACCACGAUAACCAACAAUAACGUCUUGUUUUACGAAUGGAUGAUUUCCUUUGUUCUCCUGCAUCUACCUUCGAUGUGCCGCAAGCGUGGAGUCUUGGAUGGACUCAAGGGCUUACUAUUCCUGAUCACCAAUCUAGUUGCUACAAAAUUGCACAGUUUCAAAUUCACCAAGCUAUUGCGAGAUACUUUGACGUCGAGUUUGGAGAGCGGCGUGAUGCACUGUUUGGAGAAUGCAAGAAAUGUCGGCGAGGUUGGAGAUUUAAACACGUUGGUCACAACGUGCCAUUUGUUCUAUAUCGUGAAUGAGCCGGAAGUGUUGAAUAUGUUGGCGAUGAAUUUGGGUGGAGAUCAGCUCAGAUUUGAAAUUUUGGGCAGAAAGUUAUGGUACGCUUUGUUGGAGGCUCGACUGGUUGAAGACGCAGCUGCCGCAGCAAUAGUCGACGAUUUGACGAGUUUGUUUUUACUCAAUCUGCUUGACAGUGUCUUGCUGAAUGACGCGUCGAAAUGGAACCAGGUGAAGCUAAUCUUGAACAGAUUACUGGACUUGAUAAUAGCCACCACCACCACCACCACGCUGUUGGAACCGGGGGUCCUGGCCCUGGCUGCGUCAUCUCAGCUUAAAAAUUACGAAUUCAGCAGAACAAACCAAUCUGCAUCACUGGUGUUGUUAAAGGUUUUCAAAUACUGUGAACAGAGACAUUUGUUGAGAAACUUUGUUGCCGACCUCGGGCUCGCUACAUUGGUUGAAUUGAUAGCUACAACAACCAACGAAAUUCCCAAUGAUUUACGCUGUGUGAUUCGAAUUUUACACUCGAAAUGUGCAGAUACCGACAGUGACUACCGCGGCAGGACUCAGCAUCUACCUCUAGAUGACACCAAUGGAUACCUGCUUCUGGAGCCCGAGUUGAAUCGACUAAGGUUCGAACUACGCAAAGAGGAUACAACAGCAGCAGCAGCAGCAGCAGCAGCAGUUGGCGAUGCCAGAGGGAGAGCACUGCUAGAGUUUAUCAUCAAAGAAGAAUUGGUUUUUCGCGAAGAAAGAAACGACUUUAGCCUCGACAUCAGCUACAUCGAGUGGAUACGCCAUGUUCGAACAUUGACCAAAAACCACACUGACGAACUCAAGGAUGAUGUCACGUUGUUUACUCUAAUAACUGCCUUGAGCAAGUUCCCGGCAUUGAGCAAGGCGAAAGAUGGUGGCAAUGCGUGCGAGAAGAAGCAUCCCGAGGACUCCUCAGCUCAUAGCGAGAGCAUGCAUGAGAGCAUGUAUGCGAGCAUCGAUCAGCACCGACCACCUGUCAAGAGCACUACGGAAUCGUUGAUUUUCGAUGAAAUUUUGUUGGAGUUUUUCCUCAAAAAGCUCAAGAUAUUCAAACAUAGCUCGCUCAUGUGUUGCAAUUUUUUAAUCAUGACUUACAACUACUACCUGGUCUACUUGCCCGAGUUUAACGACAAGACCAAGUCUUUGUUGACUGAAUUGCUCGAUUGUUUGGCAACGCAUCCCAAUAGGAGCCUUCGGAUGCUCAUUACCCGAAUCUUGCCCUUGUAUCUCAUCAGGGAUGACACAGAGGCAUCGAUGGACGAGAUCUUCAAGUUUGUCUUUCUGCGAGUUGCUCUGAUUGAUUUCUCAACGACGGGGAAACGCCAUUUCGGAGAGUCCGCAAUAUACGCCUUGGUUGCAUUGGCGCAUGUCGUCACCGGCGAGAGGCUCUGCGCAGUCUUUUUCAAGUUGAUCGAUUGGCUUGGUGAGCCAAACGACCAGCACCAGAAUUACGUUUACUGCGGGUUCUUGGAUAUUGCCCAGUCAAAAAACAUUUCUACUUACAAGCUACUAUCACCAUAUUUCCCAAGCAUCUCCGAUAUCAUCAUUAAAAAAUCCCUAUUGUUUGAGAGGUUUCUUCAAGUGUUGGGAAUGAACCGGGCGUAUUUUUUGAGCAGAACCAAAGACCACACCGUUUCCAAAUUGUUGGAAUACCACAAGGAACCAGCUCUCCUUGGCGAGAUAGCCGAAGCCUCCAACAUGUCCAUUGAAAAGCUUUUAGCGCUGAACCUACCCAGGAUCCUCGCAUCUUAUUUGGUUCGAGAUCCUGCAAAUGAAAAAUACGUUGUGAAAGUCUUGGCAAGUGUGUGUUCCCAUUAUAAGCAGGUCUCACCUGGAGAAAUAUUCACACACAUUGGUGAUAUUACGUGGAACAUCUUGUUGGAAAUACAGACUGAUGAAGCGGGGAAAGUAAAGAAUCUCGAGAACUUGAUCUCAGCUUUGAAUAUAGUUGCCAAAAACUCGCUUAACCAAAAGAGAUUGUCGGCAAACAACGGCAAAUAUGCUAGUUUGUUGAUCGAAGAGCAGAUGCUUUUGUUGAUUCAAAAGUUUAGCGACGUGACGCACUUGUUGAAAGGCGCCAAACCUUAUCUUGAGCGAAGAGCCUCUUUCCAAGCGAUUUUGUUCUUGAUUAGAAACCACGCCACUGCAUUGACGUCGGCUUUGGGUCAAUUGUCCACUUGCUUGCAAGCAACGUUGGAAGAGCCGGACUUGCACGUUUUGACGUUGCGGUGCUGGAUCGAGCUAGUGCAAAAUUUGCCGCUGGCUCAUUUGAUAUCGUUGAUUGACAUCAUCAUCUCCUUGAUUUUCAGGAAAUUCCAAACUUUUGGCCAAGAGGCCCAGCAUCUUGCUAUCGAGAUAUUGAAAAAGAUUUACUCGGAGAUCAAGGAUAAAAACAAUCGCUACACCUUGUACUACUUGUCAAUUCCCUUUUUGGAGCACAUUUCAGACCUUAGCUUGGUCAAGGAGUUUCGCAACAUGAAGCCGCUUUCGCGACACACGAUAUUCCACGAGUUUAAUCGAAGGUUGUGCACUAGCAACCAGUACGUGGUUGAACAAGCCUUGUUUGAUCUAUUCAAUUACUGUCAGAAAUACCAACUUUAUUGCCAAAAGGAGUAUUUCAAGGACUCGAGUUUAAACUCAUCAAUUACUACAUUGGUGAGAACGAUUAUGGAUACCGCCACCCACUUCCGUAAUAGAUGUCCGCAUAUUUCCUCGCUGUGUGCCAAAGUGUUGGCUGUGAUUGGUGCAUUAGAUGCCAACAAAUUCCAUUUCAAGAGCGUUCAAAGACUGUUUAUCGUUCAAAAGAAUUUUGCAAGCAAUAGCGAGAAUGUGCUGUUUUUGGUCGACUUGAUUGAGAAUUAUGUUUUAAAGUUGUUUUGGGCCUCAAACGAUCCUCAUAAGCAGUUGUUCUCUGCUUACGCCAUGCAGUGCUUUCUCACGAUUAUGAACUUGAAUGAAACUUCGCCGGCGCGAGACAGCGAGGUUUGGAACAGAUUCGGCGAUGUUGCCAAGUCGACUUUGACGCCGCUCCUCAAUUCCAAAUAUGCUGCUCUGAAACCAAAGCAAACGGAGCUCAAUUUCCCUUUUUUCACAACGGGUAUCCACUACGAUGCUUGGCUUGUCGAAUUGACUUCUUACUUGUUGAAACGAGCUUGUCAUUACGGAAAAGAAGAAACGCCCAAUGCUAGGCAAAAGAUUUUCCAAACUUGCGCAAUUUUGCUAUACAAGGACCAUGACAUUAGACUCUGCCAGCAUUUGCUAAGAUAUGUCGUGUUGAGCCAUAUAUUGUCCCUGGAUACCCAGGUUCAAGACCAGAUCCUACUUGAAUUCACCACAAUCAUGAAAAGUGGUCGAGAUGAAAAAAAAAAUGAUGAACAACUCAAGCUAUGUUUCCAAACAAUCUUUUCGGUCCUUGAUUACCUUAGCGAAUGGCUCUCAUCGAUUCGAUAUUAUGCCAACUACCUGCUGUCGCGUGAAGACAAGUCAUCCGACGAUUGGCUCGACAGGAUCGAUCUAGUGGACAGUUUUGUCCACCACUUUGAAAUGAAGGAUAUCGUUGUGAAUUCAGUGGAGUGUGAAUCUUACGAAAGAACCAUUUUGUACAUUGAAAAGUACUAUCGUGAAGGGCACAUCAGCAACACUGAUUUUUAUCUCGGAGACUUGAACGCUGCGCGAACUUUGCAGGCCAUGUAUGCAAAUCUAAACGACUAUGACACCCUAAAUGGCGUGUUGAAGCUCUUUUCGACAAACAAUUUAAAAGACAAGUUGACGACAUUUGAGUAUAGUGACAAUGCAAGCUUGGCGUUUGAGUCGUUCAAAGUGUUGGACUCAAGAAGUGAGGAGUACGAGUCCAAGAAUAACACCGAUAUCUUGAAAGCGUUGAGCGAUAGAGGUGUUUACGACGAGGUGUUGAGCACGUUGACAGAAAAGAUGGAGUCCAAAGAAUUGCGCCAAAUCCCCCCGAGCUGGUCAUUGGUUGGCUUAAAGUCGGCAGUUUACUCGGGAAAUAUCAACAAGAUAAAGAGCUGGGUCGAAAUAACGGAUACCUUGGGACAGCCAUCGGACACGGAAACGUUGGUCAAUUAUGAAUUGGCCAAGUGUUUGAUGUUGCUAGCUGAGCGGGAUCGAGAUGGGGUUGCAGAGUCGGUGGGGAAAAUAUACCACGCUGUCGGGACAUCGCUAGUUCCCUCGGUGUCGUCGAGCUUCAACAAAAACGUCGGACUCAUGAACCAACUCCACACUAUUUAUGAUCUAGAAGACAUUCUUCAAUCGCGCGGACUGAGCGACAUUUGGAAAAUCCGGCUCACGAAUGUGGACCAGGACUUUGACACGCAGUUGCGGUUGCUUACGACGCACAUUGUCGCUAGUGAAGCUCUUGGAAUCAACGAUACCGUUUCAGAAAUGUUUUUACACGAAUCCGAGUUGGCAAGAGAAAGUGGACGAUUGAAAAUCUCGGCAAAGGCAAUCGUCAAAGCAAUGGCUUUAAAUAACUCACUCGCCAAAGUUGAAUAUGCAAAACUACUCUGGGACGAAGGCAAGCAGUCGGAAGCAAUAAAGUCAAUCUCUGAAACUUUGCAAAACUGGCUGUUUGUUGGAGGUGACACUGAAAAGGAAAAGGCUAAAGCGCAACUCCAAUAUGCCAACUGGUUGGAUGAGUCUAAUCAUUUGUCAGCCAACAAGAUCAUUGCCGAAUACAGGAAAGCGUUUGAACUAGACAAGGACUACGAAUCUUCGUAUUAUGACAUCGGACGGUUCUAUGCAAAAUUGCUUGAGUCGUCUCGGGAUGAUUCUGGGAUAUACGAGCACCUCACUGUGCGAAAUUAUUUAUUUGCGAUAUCGAUUGGCUCGCUGUACAUCUUUGAAGCUUUGCCAAAGUUGAUCACGGUGUGGUUGGAUUUCGCCAAGAAGCCCAAGAAGAACAAGAAUGCCGAAAGGAUGUUGUUGCAAAUCGUGGGAGAUGUGAACUCGAGUCUCAGAAGCAUCAAGAACUACGUUUGGUACACUGCUAUUACACAAAUACUUUCAAGAAUAGUGCAUGAUCACGAAGCCUCGUUUAGAAUCUUGGCCAAUAUCAUUACCAAUCUCAUUAAAGAGUUUCCAAGACACACGUUGUGGUUUGUUAUAUCCCAUAUCUAUUCAACUGAUCUGAAACGGAAACAGAGAGUAGAGACCAUAUUGAAUGCUUUGAAAAGAUCAAAGAAAUCACCGCAUGGCGAAUUGAUACUUGGCGCGGUUGACUUGUAUUCAAAGCUCAUUGGUAUCGCCUCAAAACAGGUGACCAAGUCGCCCAAAACAAAGCAGUUGUCACUAAAAAAAUUCUUUGGCAUCGACGAUGCCAGCAAGCCCUAUGAUGAGUUGGUGAUCCCUGUCCAGUCGAACUUGCAGAUCCGCUUACCGCAUAAGGAUAUGACCAACUACACCAGCUUCCCCAAGAGCGCAUCGGUCACAUUCGACGGCUUUGACGAUAACGUGAAUAUAUUCUUUUCGUUGCAGAUGCCCAGACAAAUCACGAUCCGUGGCUCUGACGGCAAGCCCUAUAGAUUGAUGAUCAAAAGCGACGAUACAAGAAAAGAUGCAAAAGUUGUCGAGUUUACCACCAUGGUGAACCGUAUUCUAUCCUCAAGUACGGAGGCGAGGAAACGAGCUCUAAGUGUGGCCAACUAUUCUGUGAUCCCCCUCUCGGAGAAGAUUGGAGUCAUUGAGUUUGUAAUGGAUGUACAAACGAUGAAAGCCACCGUUGUAGAGGAGAGGAAAAGACUCGGCAAAGUUGUCAACGAACGGAAAAUCUUUAUGGCGCUUGACGCUGCGCAAAAGUUUAUCAAGGAGAAAAAACCCGACGAAGAUGGAUCGAAAUUGCAGGCAUUGACGGAUUUGUUUCAGUCUAUUCUCAAUAAAAAUGAACCUGUUUUGCAUCACUGGUUCGUGGAAGAAUUCUCCGAGCCGAGCUCAUGGUAUCUUGCCCGUAACUCAUUCACUAGAUCGUCGGCGGUGAUGUCAAUCGUUGGAUAUCUAAUCGGGUUAGGUGACCGACACUGUGAAAACCUUUUAUUCUUUAAGAAAACAGGCUCGAUUCUCCACAUUGACUUUGAUUGUUUGUUUGAAAAGGGGAAAACGUUGCCUACACCUGAAGUGGUUCCCUUUCGAUUAACUCAAAACAUGGUUGACGCAAUGGGCAUCUGUGGAGUUGAGGGGAAUUUCCGAAUUGCAUGCGAAGUCGUGGGCAAGCUCUUGCGAAGCAACGAACAGUCGCUAAUGAACAUAUUGGAGAACUUGCUCUAUGACCCAUUACUUGAUUGGAAGAUAAACCAGAACCCGCAACGGGAUUUAUCCUCGGUGCGGAAGAAAAUCAGAGGAUUGAUCAAUGAGGAAGAAGGGUUGGCUAUGAAUGUGCAUGGCCAAGUCGACGUGCUUAUUCAGGAGGCGACUUCGAUUGAACGAUUGUCGCGGAUGUACGGUGGGUGGUCUGCAUAUAUUUGA